AUGGGCAUUGAUCUUAGACGGUUUUUGGUGGGAUUGCCUAGGCGCAUGUCCUACGAUGACGAUGGUUCGAAAGCACAUCUCUACAAAGUAUUAUAUUAUCUAGCAACUAAUAAUGGUAAACUACUACAAGAGCUUUUUCCAGAUAUUGCAAACGAGGACUUGGAGCUUAUGCUGAAUUUUUCUAAUCUGUUAUCUUUGGAACAAUUGCAAGAUGUAAGCCCAUUCUAUAGGGUCAAGUCAAAAUCACAGCCACUGCAAGAAAGUUACUCGCAUCCACCUGGUCAGCCAUGUGCCAGGCUAUUCAAAUUCAAUGAUCCCGUGUACAGAUGCGAGGAUUGUGGCUUUGAUGACACGUGUGUGUUGUGUACUUAUUGUUUCAACGAAGCAGACCAUCUUGGCCAUAACGUAACAAUGUACACAUCACAAGGAACGUCUGGUGGAAUAUGUGAUUGUGGAGACCCUGAAGCGUUUGUUAACCCUUUGAAUUGCAAGUGCUCAACUUCAGAAACAAAGGCCCUGGGAGACCAAAAAGACCACCUUGAUUCUGAGACUAUUGACUUUCAAACGGAACAACUAUUGGAAACAUUCAAAAUCUGCUUUGAGUAUAUACUCGAUGUCACUAAUCUAUCGAUAUUGACUUUGCCAAUGGUGCAUGAACUAGUGAAAUUUGGAGGAUUUUCAGAAAAAGAAUGGUCUGAUUACUCAUCUAUGCCUGAGGGCCGUUACGGUGAGAUUGACGUUAAUUCACAAGACAAAUGGUAUUUGAUUCUUUGGAAUGAUGAAUUCCAUGAUGUUAAUCAAGCAGUAGAAUCUAUUAAGAGCUGUAAACGAUGUAAUGAUGACCAAGCAAUAAAAUUGGCAACAAAGAUUGACAAAGAAGGAUAUGCGAUAUUGCUCAAGGCUGAGAAUUAUAGAGAGCUCACCACGCCUAAAUUUAAGGUUGAAGCUGGUGGUCUUGUUUCAACAAUUGUAUCUGCUCGUGAUUAUAUGCGAAGUGUUUUUGUGAGAACGAUUUUUAGCUGGUUUGAGGACUGCCUCAACUCUAAGAAUAAAGCAUUUCAAAGUGCUUGUAGAGCAGUUGUGACAGAUUUGCUAGUCGAUACUGGGUAUAGUUUAGGGAAAAAGAUUCCAGAACUGUUCUUUCUUGAUGCGACUUUUGGCAAUGACCUAAGAGAACGCUAUUUUGCCAAUGGUUUACCAAUAAACAAUGAGUUCACCGUUUACUCUAAUUCCAACGAGCUUAAAACUUUUCCAAAAAGUCACCAUUCUACAAUCGAUCAGCAAGUUUUGCCCAAGCCAUUCAAACGGUUUUCACGACUUCAGUUUUUGUUGAUUUUUCAAAUCCGACUUGCCAAACCAAUUCGUCAAGCACUAGUUCCCAUCAUAAUUCCUUCAUUGGUAUCCCAUGACAAACAAGUUUUUGCUCAACAAUUUACCGAGAUUUAUCCAACUCUUUUAACCAUACUUGCACGCUCUGACAGAGAAGACGAUCUCAACUUGAUUGAUGAAAUUGCGGCUCAACUCUAUACUUGCCCUGUGACUGUGCCAAAAUUGAUCAAAUCUGUUGGCAUUGGUUAUAUACUAAGCCCUGUCAUUUCAAUCAUUGAAAACUGCUCCUCGGAAUUUGAGCCUCUACAUUUGAGCCACAGAGUUUACAAAUUUAUUGGAGACGAAAGCCAUAUCAAGAGGACUAUCCAGGCAGCAAUUAUACGUGGAAUAAGAGACUUUGGUCAUUUUACUUCUAGUGCUUUUAGUAAGGAGGCUUUGGCUCCGUUGAUGGAACCUGCAAAUGUAUUUUUCCUUAUUCGGUUUAUUCAACUAUUCCAGGGAUACUUGCCGUUAACUAGAAAGUAUGGUGAUCAUGUUGAGCACGAGCUGUAUUUGUUUCAAUUCCACUUAAUCAUGUCGAUUCAAAUUUUGAAAUCUUUACAAAACUUGGCAUUUUCGCAGUCUGAUAACCUACUCGCGGAUGCGGUAGCCGAACACUUACCAACCGUUGCAUCUUCUCUUGAAAUCAGUCAACCACAAUUACAUGAGUUGCUGGUCUGGCACCAUCCUCAUGGCUUGGUGUACCCUAUCACAAGCUAUCUUUCUUUUCUUAUCCAGAGUCGUGGGUUCGAUAAAUUUGUCAAAAACCAAAAUCAUAACAAACUAGAGCCAAUUGCUGAUCAUUGCAUUUGGAACAUCGUUAUGGCGUCGCAAAUCAAGAUAGGGUUGUGGAUCAGAAAUGGAGUAGGCGCUUCACGUCAAGCGUCGAUGUACUUUGGAACUGCAAUGUCUGAGUUUACCUUUAGACGAGAUCUUCAUAUAUUGCAAGUUGCCUUAAUGACGGGUGAUGCAUCUUCACUAGUACGGAAAAUGUUGGAGAGGUGGGAGCUAUACGAGUGGUUUCUGAAUGAGUGUGCACAUGAUGGUACAAUGUAUGAGGAACGGUUUUUCUCGAUUAUCGAAAUGUUUUUAUGGAUUUCAUACAUCUUGUUAACAGACCGAACCUUGUUUAUUGCCGGAACCACCCCUACAGAGCAAGCAAACAUGGAGGCGAGACGUAUAAUUGCGUACCGCUUAUGCGAUCUGGCCAAGUCAUAUUCUGAAUUAAAGACUAAAUGUGGCUCGCUGAUUACUUCAUUACCAGAGUUUGACUCUAUAUUGAGUGAAAUAGCAGAGUAUCAGCCUCCUAGCUCAUUCCUAGAUCUGGGACAUUAUAGGCUCAAGAGUUCUAUGUAUAAACAACUUGAUCCAAUGAGUGUUCACUUGAAUUCAACUGACUUUCAUUCUGUUUCAGAGGUAAUGGCGCGCCUCAUUUCAAAGCAAGACAAGAUCAAAGAGGAAGAUGUCAUUUUCCAACCUGUUUUUCUCAAUAGUGACAAUAGCAACAACAGCAACAACAGCAACAACAGCAACAACAGCAACAACAGCAACAACAGCAACAACAGCAACAACAGCAACAACAGCAACAGUAACAAUAAUGAAAACAUCGAUCAAGUAAUUGGCUUGUUUGCAAAGACUCGUUUGUUUGUCAAGCUAUUGUACAAGCUUUUACAGCUCGCGCUUGAUACCUCGAAUGAGACUUAUCUUCCACAAUUGUUGCACUUGCUCCAUGCAAUAGUUUUAGAUGAUGAAAUUAUACAUGGGAAAGGUUACCUUAAUCAGUACUUUGUGGAGUUGCCCAUCUGCGACUUAUUGGUGACAAUUGUGGAGUCCAAAAUGUCCAAGACAGUGAGAAGGAAAGCGGACUAUAUACUAGACCAAUUCUUGGCAAAGGAUACACGAAUUUACGAAAAUUUAAUGAGUUGUUUUGGAGAAGAGUAUGUGGAAAGAUUUAUAAAGGGCAAACAGCAACACCACAAAGACUCGCAUGAAGAUGCUGCAAAGAAAAAGUCUGAGGCGCGAAAGAGAAAGAUUAUGAAGAAAUUUGCAAAAAGACAAGAGCAGUUUUUACGUCAAAAUAGUGGAAAAAAUGGUAAUGACAAUGUAGAUGCUGACACUGUGAUGAAGGAAGACAAGAAAGAUGCUACCGGGAAACUCAGCCUAGAAGAGGGAGCAGACGGUUCUGUUUGUGUAAUGUGUGGAGAAGCAGCUUCACCAGAAUCGACUUUUGGAUGUUUGAUGAAACGAACUUUUGCGCCAAUUUUUUGGAAAUACAAUGACCCAAAACUCACUCCUUGUGAUGUUUGGAACGAGGAUCUUUAUGAUGGCGCUGAUGAUACAAACUAUGGUAAAGGUUAUGAUGUGACUAAUAUUGACAGUAAGAAUUUUGAAAAGCCUGUGUUGUCAACUUGUGGUCAUGGUGUGCACCUCCUGUGCCUUCGCAGAGUUCAAACUCAAAGGGGAUUUACUGCUUGUCCAUUGUGUCGUAACUAUCAUGAUUUGUUCAUUCCUAUACUUAGAGAACUGACUGAUCUUGAUUAUGCAACUGGUGAUGUUGCCUCUGAUAUUUCCAGUGAUGCUCCUGCUGCUAGUAUUUUGCAGUAUUUACUUUAUACUGAUUUCCAAAGCUCAACUUAUUUGACUAUCACAGCAAAAAAUAAUGUUUCACCUAAAUUGGAACAUUUGAGAAAACUACUUAUCCCCAGUAAUGCUAGCUAUACGCUGGAUUACUAUGCCGAACUUUUCCCUGAAAUUAAACAAGGCGAUCUGAUUGAUAAAUACAUUGAUGAACUUAUCAAUACUAUUGAAAUGAAUGAGAUUGCUACAAGGUUGAAUGGUACUGAAGGGUUUACGAACUUUUCGAGCCAAGUACCCAAUUCUGCAAAGACUUUACUAAGAUCAUUGUUGCAAGCCGUGGUACUACUACCCCGCUCGGUGGAAAAAGAGGAUGAGGAUGAGAGUGAUAGUGAGAAUGAGAAUGAAACACCUACAAACAUCGUGGAUUUGACCGAUAUAUCAACAUCAAGAAUCACAAAGAAACGCAAAUACGAAAAAGGUGUAUUUUCCAAUACCAUGAAUUUGUUCUUCAAUACUAAUGAGUCUUUGGCUUCAUUGGUAAAGAUAGGAAUUUGUGAAACUUUGGCAAUUGUCAUGAGCAGAGUCCAUCAUACUAAACACCACGACACUAGCUCAUCAUCUUCAUAUUUUGGUGGUGAUAUUGGUGAUGUUGGCUCUUUGCUGUCUGAAUUUGAGCAAUUGUGGGCCAGAUACUGUCCAAAUUCCAAAGUUAGUCUUGAGGUAUACAAAUUAGUGAAACAAAUCAUUUGCAUAUAUUUACGUCGUGUUGUCUUAUUCCAAGAUAUUCUUCUCGGUCAUUUCGAAGGUGAAGACUUUGUUAGUAGCAAAAUCAUUAUAAAUGAAUUGGAUAAUUUUGAGCAAACGGCACUUUUGGAGGCUUACAGUCUUACGCAACUAGAAUCAAUGUUGCGCAUCCCAACUUUGGAUCGGAUCAUUGGUAGCAUUGUUAGUUUUGAAUCUUCUAUGGAGAAAAGUGCGUUUGAGACGGUAUUUACAAAGACGGCUAGUAAUCAUUUACCAUUGGAAUACCCUGGGGUAAUUCACUUGACCACAUUACCUAAAGAUUAUCAAAAUUGCUUAUUACGUUUACUGGAGUUGGAUGCUUACAACAAAAUGUGCUGCUUAAUAUGCGGUACUUGGAUAGCAUACAAUAAUAGAUUGGAGAGACGACAUCAUGUAUGUGCGAACAAAUUCCAAAUAUAUUUCAAACCAAAGGAAUGCACCAUUCACGUUUAUUUGCUGGUCGAGCUGGCGGUUUUCCCAUUGGACAUUCCAGCCCCAUAUUUGACAAAGCACGGAGAGAUAAAAACUAUAAAAGAUAGAGGCAAGGCUAUGCUUGGCGAGUUUAGAUUUAAGGAACUCAAUAAGCUCUGGAUCAACCAAGGAUUGUAUGCGCUUUUGACUAGGACAAUGUUUGGCCCUGGUGUGAUGGAAAAUGCGUUUAAUGUUUUGAAUAGAGGAAGGAAUUUUCUCGUAGAGGAAUUAGGUCUUAAUGAUCAAAUGGAUUUAGAGGAAGACGACGACGACGACGACGAAGAGUUUAUUACAUGGUAA